GUAUUCCAAAAUAUCUUCUCUUACACGUAUAUUUCAAGGUAAAAAGAAAAAAUGUGUCCCAAGAUUAUAGUUAGUUACAGAGGAAUAUCCUAUAAUUUGAAUAAAGCAAACGUUUACUUGCACAGAUUCCCUGUAGUAUCACCCUUUGGAAGUUAUUACAUUUGUAGCUUCAUUUUGGUACAUAGAACCCCUGAGUGAAAAUUACACAAGUGUUUUACCCUGGUGGCCCAACAUGCAAACGCUAUCAUCCCUAACCGAAGUUUGUACAAUCCUCAUCUGGCUUGCCUCUGCCUACCAUGCCUCCCUCAACUUCGGCCAGUACGCAUAUGCUGGCUUUGUCCCAAACCGACCCACAUUCAUUCGACAUCCAAUGCCAGAUCCUAAAGAGUAUGAUGAGAUUGAAAAUGACCCUGAGGGGUUGUUACUUAAGAGUAUAACGAGAAAGGCACCGGCAUUUACGGUUAUGUCAGUGUUAGAGAUUUUGUCGAUGCACUCGAGCGAUGAGGUUUAUAUUGGGCAGAGGGAGGAUAGGGAGUGGACGUCGGAUCGAAGGGCAGUGGAGGUUUUUGAGAGGUUUAGAGAGGAGCUGGUGAGGAUUGAGAAGAGGAUCGAGGAGAGGAAUAAGGAUGAGAGGUUGAAGAAUAGGACAGGGGAGGUUGGUGUUGCUUAUACUUUGCUCUAUCCGAAUACUUCAGAUUUUAGGAGGGUUGGAGGGUUGCGGGGAUUAGCGGAAGAGGGGUUCCUAAUAGUGUGUCUGUCUGAGAUUUUGGGUGAUUUUACAGAGUUAGUGUUAAGAGGGAUUUUGUUGUUUUGUAUUUGAUUUUGUUGUAUGUUUUAUCUGCUUACUUUCUGAUAGUUAGUUCCAAAGCGGAUAUCAAAUUCCUUCAUUGGCCAAAUACGGGUGUUGUUGUCACAUCACGACAGGAUCCAUGGACUUUGGGGACAAGAAGCUGACAGAGAAACAAAAUACCUGUAAUCCAAAAAGAAA